AUGGCUGACCUCCUAACCCAGCUGCAAGAUGCGGUUGAUCAGCUUGCAAACCAAUUCGUCGCAUCGCUCUUUUACGUGCACAAACAUCAUGACUACCAAAAGCUCAACCCUAACGACACGAUUCGGCAGGAACCCAAGAACGAGGAGGGUGUGGCGCCGAUGGAUCCGGAUGUUACGCCCGAUCCCGCAGACGUCUUCAAAGCCGCGCAACGAGAACUCGCCCAGGACUUGAUCCUGAAAGAGCAACAGGUUGAGUACCUAAUUUCGUCACUACCGGGGCUAGGCAACAGCGAAAAGGAUCAGGAGGAUAUGAUUAGGAUGCUAGAGGAGGAGUUGAAAGUGGCAGAGGACGAGAGGAGGGAAGCGUUAAUGGAGAAGGAGGAGGUCUUGGGAAGACUGGAGGGAGUUAUUCGAGGGAUUAAGAGGCCUUAA